CGGUUCUAUGAACUACACGGGUCGGAUGAAAACAUGAAAACAAUCGAACCUUAACCUCUGGAGAUCGAGUCUCGUGAGGAUGUUCUUAUUACGUUAUUAACCAAUUAGACUAUCGUUUAAUCAAUCCGGAUCAAAAUGGAGAAUGAGAGGUGUGAAGUCAGAACCUGCCAAACUACGAAAGCCGAUUGCCAUGCCGAACUACGAUUGGUUAGAUUCCCUAAUGACGCAAGGCUCCCUGUUUGGAUUGAGAAAGUGAAGGGUAAAGGGUCGGCGUGGACUCCUCAAGAUCACUCAAGAAUUUGCACUCGCCACUUUGAGAUUCAUUACUUUCUGGCAAAUAAACGCUCAAACCGAUUGGUUAAAGUUGCUGUGCCUUCCCUUAGUCUUGGCAUAAAAGCUAUAUACCCAGUUCAUCAGUCUACAUCGGGAUCAUCUUUGGGACCAGCCUCACCCUUAACUCUCGGAUCCCAAUACAUGCCAUCUAGUAUACCGCCAGUGUCAGUGUCCACUGUGCAGCAAUUCAAGCCGCCACUCCCACUUGCUGAAACUAAUUCAACAAAAAAUUCUAGAUCAGCAGGAACUAAUAAAUUGAAGGGUAAAAAUGUUGCCAAAAAGAAAGGACAGAGAUUCAAGCCUGAACCAAAGAUCAAGGAUGUCUCAGCAUUUCUGAAUCAGAAUGUGGAAGAAGAUGAUUAUUUGAAUAAGAUUCUACUAAGAAAGAGUGUCAGUGGUCUGAUCAGUCAUGUCGAAGAACUUGUUAAAAAAACUGCCAAUACCUCCAAAGAAUUUGAACUAAAGUCACUAGGGUUUAUUCUCCUCAAAAUUCAGAAGAACCUUGGCCUCUCAGCAGAUGAAGCAUUGGUCAUCUUCCAGGAACAGGUACCUCAUAGUGUAUACAAAUCUUUGCAAUCCUUAGUUAAAGAGGAUAAAAAACAGUACAAAGCGUUAGUCCGAUCAUUUUCUCUAAGUCUGAAUUUUUAUUCGUUACCUGCCUAUAACUAUGUGAGAAGUGUGGUGCAUGAUGCUCUUCCACAUCCUCGCACUAUUCAGGCUUGGUAUACAACUAUAGAUAAAUAUAUGUACUAAGUUUGACUUAUUUUUCAUAUAAAUUUUGGUUUGAAAAAUCGUGGUUUGGAGUAAAAUAGGAAGUAUUUAAUUGACCAAUUUAACAUUGACUAGUGACUUAAUUUUGCACAUUUUUAUGCUGUGCACUAACUUUUUAAAAAAGUAUUCACAUGAAACAGAACAGGAUAGACAAUUUCCAGUAAUCUCUUAUCAUGUGAGAACAAUUUUGUACCGCUAAGUUAGGUUUUAAAAUAAGUUUGUCCCAACACACAAAGGCCAGAUGUGAUAUGUAAUGUCAGCAUUAUGAAUUUUACUGUUUUUAAAUACCAAUCUUGUGCUUUAAUUCUGUGAUGUAUUAAAUAUGCUCAAAAUUCA